GGCCCCCGGCGCUGAAAACGUGUACGUGUAGGCAGCGGGCGUACGUCAUGGCGGCCAGAAGCUUAUUCGGGGCUAUCCGGGCCUGCGCCGGCUGCAGGACUCGGAAGCUCCCGGACCCUGCAGCUCGAGGAAGACUCUUUCUACGGAAUUAUGCCAAGAAACCGGUCAUUAAGGGGAGCAAAGGCGGCAAAGGCGGUGUGGUCAGUGAUGCCCUGAAAGACCCAGAGGUGUGCACAGACCCUGUGCGGCUUACUACUCAUGCCAUGGGCGUCAACAUUUACAAGGAAGGCCAGGACGUAGUCCUGAAGCCGGAUGCUGAGUACCCUGAGUGGCUGUUCCAGAUGAAUGUGGGCCCCCCGAAGAAGCUGGAGGAACUGGACCCCGAGACCCGGGAGUACUGGCGGCUGCUGCGAAAACAAAACAUCUGGCGCCACAACCGGCUGAGCAAGAACCGAAAGUUUUAGUAGAGGCAGGGCCAGAGCACCCUGACCUGCCAAGGACCUCGACAGGCCCUAGAGGAGGACUUCAGAGGGGCACGACACCCCCCUGCAUCCUGCCCCACAGAAGACUAUUUUCCUGGAGAAAACAGACUUUCCCUUACCUGCAUUCUGCGUGGCCUUCAUAGUGAGGCUGGAUCAGGGUCCUGGGGACCAAUAAAGACCUCUUAGGGUUGUCA